AUGUCCAAUACUAACAGCACAACUCACUUAACACCAAGCGAUAGUAUUGCUUUAGCAUUUUUAAUGUCCUUACUAGCUUUUUUUAUAGCGGUAGGAAAUGCGGUGGUCAUUUUAGCUUUUGUAGUGGACAAAAACCUUAGACAUCGGAGUAAUUAUUUUUUUCUUAAUUUGGCCAUUUCUGACUUCUUUGUGGGCGUGAUUUCCAUUCCUCUGUACAUACCCCACACUCUGUCUAAUCGGGAUUUUGGAAAAGAAGUCUGCCUGUUUUGGCUCAUCAUUGACUAUCUCUUAUGUACAGCAUCUGUGUAUAACAUUGUCCUCAUCAGCUAUGAUCGAUACCAGUCAGUCUCGAAUGCUGUAUCUUACAGAGCUCAGAACACGGGGAUCCUGAGGAUCGUCUUCCAGAUGGCGGCUGUCUGGGUGCUGGCCUUCUCAGUGAAUACGCCGUUGAUUCUAAUUUCAGAGUCUUGGAAGAAUGGCAGUCAGGGAUGUGAACCCGGAUUUUUUUCAACGUGGUACAUCUUAGUCAUCACGGCACUCUUCGAAAUCCUGGUCCCAGUCAUCUCAGUUGCAUAUUUCAAUGUGUAUAUUUACCGGCGCCUAAGGAAGCGUGGCAAUGUCACCAGGGACGGUGGCCAUCCCAGGCUCCCUGCUGUCCCUUCCAGUGUCUGUGGAUACUUACUCAGAUGUAGGCUGCUCUCCAGGACAGCUCUUCCCACGUCAGAGGAAGCAGAGAGACAGGGGAACAAAAGCAGCCUUUUGACUUCCUUGCAAACUCAGACAAAGAAAAAUAUAAUUGCUUCUAAACCGGGUUCUCUCUCCCACUCUGAUUCCUUAUGCCUCCGCCAGAGGGAACAUCUCAAACUGUUUAGAGCCAGUAAAUUAGCCAAGUCUCUGGCCAUCCUCUUAGGAGUUUUUGUUGUUUGCUGGACUCCCUAUUCUUUGUACACAAUUGUUCGUUCAACUUACCCCCAAGCAGAGCGCCCUAAGUCAGAGUGGUACGAAAUCACAUUCUGGCUUCAGUGGCUCAAUUCCUUUGUCAAUCCCUUCUUGUACCCAUUGUGUCACAAGCGUUUUCGGAAGGCUUUCUUGAAAAUAUUUUGUCUGAAAAAGCAACCCUCACCAUCACAAACUCCAUCAUUGUCAUCUUAAAGAUAAUGUCGUCCCUUCUGUAAAUUCGUCUCCCUUUCACCUUGGUGAAUUUAAGCUGGUUUUCACUUUACCCUCUGAUUCUGUGGAAAGAGUCAUAAAAUUGUAACACUUGAAACACUCUAAAAAUUUGAAGCUGGAAC